AUGUGGACCCAGCACAUGUCACCACUUCCUAUCACGUGAUCCAAUUGCUCUUGAAGAUUUCGAGAUCAUCACCACCAAUAGCCAUCCAGCUGCGAUAUCCCAGAUCGCAAUACAGCCAAAAUGCUGCCCACUCGAGCGCUUCUCAAGCGCUCCGUUUGGAAAGGCCCAAACCUCGUCCCCCUUUCCAUCGUCUUCCCCAAGGGACCCAACGAUAAAGUCCCUCCCGUCCGAACACAGGCCCGCUCAGCGACCAUCCUGCCCAACUUUGUCGGCCUCAACUUUGAGAUUCACAAUGGCAAGGAUUACCACCAGGUGACGAUAACGGAGGACAUGGUGGGGCACAAGCUGGGAGAAUUUGCGCCCACACGGAAACCGAAUAUUUGGGACAGGAAAUAGACGAGGAACGGAGGGAAUGGGGAAGAGAGGAUGAAAAUGUACAGUUACUUGUAUCAACGCCAUAAUGCCACGACUUAUUGCAUGCUUUGAAUCAUUGGCACAAUAAAAAUUGAAAAAAGAAGAAAAGAAAUAAAGCAGCUCGUAUU